UUUUUAUGUUAAUAAGCAUUAAACACAAGGCAGUUGGACAAGAACGACAGCGAAGUAAGGUUUCAGUUCUUCCCUGUUUUGCCUAACCGGUGGAAGUAAAAUGCUGUCAAGUCUCUCCCUUUCUCUCAGUAGUGGCAAUGUGGGAGUGCAGCCUUUGCCUGGAGUGUCUAAUUUGCCUAAAUGUCCAGGUCUCUCAUUCGUGGAAACACGUUUGUCCAGCAUCCCAAUUAUUCCUAAGAUGAAGGUAACAUGUGCAGUUAAUCACUCGGAAGGUGGUUCUUCUGCUCAAAAGGAGCAUGAUAAGAUUAAGGUGAUUAAACCUUUAGUUAAAAUGUGUGGCAUCACAUCAGCUAGAGAUGCUGCUUUGGCAGCAGAAGCCGGUGCAAAUCUUAUCGGGAUGAUUAUUUGGCCCAAAUCAAAAAGGUCUAUUUCACUCUCUGUCGCCAAGGAGAUUUCGAGGGUGGCAAGGGAACAUGGAGCUGAGCCAGUUGGGGUGUUCGUCGAUGAUGAUGCAGAGACUAUAUUAAGAGCGUCUGAUGAAGCAGAACUUGGAUACGUGCAGCUUCAUGGAAAGGGUUCUAGGGAUGCUUUUCAAGUCGUAGUCAAACAAAACAAAGUAAUAUAUGUUCUUCACGCGAAUGAAGAUGGUGAACUUUUGAAUUCUAUUUCUGAUGAAGAAUGCUCUCAAGUUGAUUGGGUUCUUGUCGACAGUGCUACAGGCGGCAGCGGGAAAGGCUUUGAUUGGUCCAGGUUCCGAUUUCCAUCUAUUAGCAGCAAACAAGGAUGGCUUUUAGCCGGUGGGAUUAAGCCCGAUAAUGUGUUUGAAGCUCUUUCGACUCUCAAGCCGACUGGCAUUGAUGUUAGCAGUGGCAUUUGUGGUCCGGAUGGAAUUCAAAAGGACAAAUCGCGAAUAUCAUCAUUCAUGGAGGCAGUGAAUUCGGUACAGUAUUGAGUGAUGGAGCUUCUGAAGCCAUGAGAAAUGUCUGUAUUCAAACCUUUUUGCUGCAAGUACCCUCAUUUUUAUCAUGUUAAGCUUUUUCAUUUUUCCAUAAGACCACACUAUUAUUGUAAUGAAUCCAUAUGGAUUUUGAAUUCAACAGUCCAAAUCUCCAUCUUCCAUCACAAAAAUGUGUAUUAUUUUUAAAGUAUUGUUGUUGCAUCACAAAAAUGUGGUACAAAUAAUGACAUAGUGUUUGUAUA